AACAUAAUUAUUGCUGGACGUUUUCAAGAAAUUAAUUUUAUUUUGCAACAUGUUUAUUUCGUCCGCAAUGCUUCGUGAACUAUGUGCGAAUUAUCGAUACGAGUGUUUGCACUCCUCGAUGCUGUUUGAACUGUGGUUGUUCCGUGGGGAAGAAGCAUUCUCCCAGCUAUUUAUCAGCACCAGCAGCUUGCUCUGGCAACAUUUACGACCCUCUUAAUCCGCGGUUCCAUUAACGCGCGGCAUACGCCGUGGCGAAGUGUGGUGCAUUAGGUUGAAGUCAACCAUAAAACUCUGUGGAGACGUUUAACAUCCAUUGUUUUAGGUUUUAAGUUACACAUGGCGAGCUCGCCCGCUAGGUAUUUGUCUCGCCACUAAUUAAAGUCGUCGUUAAGAGCCCAUUACGCAUCAUCACCGCGUUUUCUUUCAUAACAGCUUUAAUGAUGCGUCGAUAAACUGAAGGACUACGUUUAAUUGAUCAUUUCAUCAAUUUGCCUAUGGUCGUAAUAAACUUUGCAAAGAGAGACGCGUUUAUAAGAUCGCAUCGAGUAGCUUGCAACUCGUACUCAUCGCUACUCGUUUUUCCAACGGCAAUUAACAUUAAUGUUUACAAUGAUAUGUUUAAUUGUACAAUUGUAUCACAUGUGUGAUCCAAAAUUGUGCUCGAGUUCAGGUUAUUAAUAAUGAUAUUUAGAUACGAAAAUUGAAACUAUAAAAUAUCAAAUAAUAAGAAAUGCAUUACAGUAUUGUACUACAUUUUACGUAAAAUAAACUAAUACUCCUUUCUUGUUACUGAAUGCGAAUACAAUAGUUUUCUUCAGUUUAAUACGCGACUCAGAUUCUUGAACCAAAUAAAUAUUUUUAUUUGGUACACAUGCGGUAACUUUUUUCGAUUCAGUCUCUUCUUAUCGUUUUAGAACGCGAAAACAUCUCGGAAGAAGCAAUUUGAUAAAUGGUGCUGCGUUACUCGAUAGUCUACUACCAAAUCGAUCGUACAGUUUCAAAUACGAAUCAUUUUGUAUGUUGUUCGAUACAGUGCAUGCUUUCCGAAAAACGAAUAAUAUUCGUAAAUAUAAACGAAACGCAAACCGUCCGUAAGGCUCGAUAAAGGAGAACUAUCAAUUUCGCGUACAUUUCCGAAGCGUAUAUCACACUUGAAAUAUAACAUAAGACUAAAAAUUUAGAAUUACUUUGACUAAAAUUUGUAAUUAAUACCUAUAAGUACAAAGGCCGCUGCGCUACAUGUAUGAAUUAUUAUAUCUCGUGAUAAAAAUUCAGUGAUAUCACGAACCGGGGCCAAUGACUGAUUGCAAACUAAUUUGAAUCGAGCUAGCGACCAAUAGGUUAUAAUUAUCCGGAGACUCACGUAAUUGGCCUGACCGCUGCAAUCAUGUUGACCUACACGUAUCCAGCUGUAAUUUAAAGUAAUGCGAUUUAGUUUGUAAUCAGCAUUUCCCAUUAAAACACCUCGAAUGUCGGUGAACGCAUUCAAGCCAAUGUAACAAGCUCUCUGCGGUUUUAAGCUGCCUGAUUAAUUAGUUACUGAUAAAUGGUACAGCGAUCGCGAAAGAAGAUAUAAAACUCGCGCGUUACUACUUCGCUAAAAACACGAUAUAUAAAUUGUGAAAAAGGGAAAGAGCGUUUGCUGUGAAGUUGGGAUUUCCGCAAAAGUCCGGAAAUUUAAGUAACACGUGAUGUACCCAGAUCCGAAUGAAACUGUCCCGAGUGGUCGCCGCGCCCAUCCUUUCCGCGUGGAUUUAAGCAGCUGCAUCAGAAUCCGCCGGUUUCCUUUGAAUUCUUCAUGACGCUUUAGUGCACUUGUACACCAAUGGUCAUUACAGCCACGUUGAAAUUGCAGUUCGUCGACACUUCCUGUUCUUAUCGUCCUGCAUUCGCAUAUCAUUUCGUGCGCGCCUCGAAUUAGAAAUUAUUUCUACUCCACUGCAUCAGUUCGUACUGUCAAAAGUUACGAUUCGUAAUUUCCGUGAACUAAAGUGAAUAAUAUUUUUAAUGUAAUCCACCAUUUCCAUUUAACUCGAAGUCCAUUUGCUCGAAGUUUAUUUUUAGAAUUUAUAUCAUCUCGCGUAUUAAGAUUGCGUAGGAAUAAUAAAUAAAAAUAACGAAAGUUAGUUACUUUAAAACACCGUGGAAAAAGUGCUCUAUGCGAUAAUUUCGUUAUCGCUCUCGGUGAUAAAAGUAAUAAUCAGAAGCGAGCGAUUUGUUGCCGUGGGACUCCCGCCCCCACUCCGCCUACCUCGUGUUAUUCCCGCGUAAUAAAUUUAAUCUGCAAUUUUGCCAUUACAUGAGCUCGUUAACGGUUACGUAAGGAUAAUGUUUUCCGGGACAACCCGCCGGAGACUGUCUCGACGCAUCGACGAAGCGUUACGUGCUGUUAUUGCGAACUUGUUCGAUAUUCCAUUACGUGCCAACUAUCGAGCCGACUUCUCUCGGGUGCACGUCCAUGUAUUUCUGAAAACUCGUUUACAGUUACUUACGACGAUGGAUGAGAGUCGCCCACUCAAGGCAGAACGUUAUCCAUACGUAUUCCAUAAACGUAUUUCACGCGGGAGAAAUAAAAACGAACGAGAUCGAACGGCGACAGUGUUGCGCCCUUGCUUCAUGCAGUAGUAUAAGGGCAUCACUGAUCAGACGAGAUCGUCUAUCGCGCGCGGCGUAAUAGAAUCACGAGUAUAAAUGUUGACUAUAAACUAACAUAAUUUCUCUUCCGUCGACACGUUUACUAUACGUUUUUGGUAGUGUUCUGAAAUUAGUUUCUCUUCAGACACUUUGUAUACAUACGCAUCUGUGAUUUUUUUCAAUAAAUAUCAAACGUGCAACAAAUCAGGAAGCAUUUAUAUGGACAUCACGUGCAUCACGUAUUCUGUUUAUAUUCUGUUAAAAGUAGAUUACUCGAGAGAUAGCGCAAACAUAUUUCAUCUCUGAAAGUAGACGUGCACUGCUCCUCUGACGUUCUUGAUCAAUCAAGAGCCCAGAUAGCUCGGCGCGAGUACACCGAGUUGACCUCUCGGGGUUUCACGUCGCGACAGCGAGAUCAUCUUAAAAGACGAACCUCAGAAGUAGCCAAGUUUCCUCGAAGACGGGCACGUAACGGAGUGCUUUUUAGAGCAAUGUCUGUCCCAGCUUAUGCACUUUCGGCGUUAUACGCGCGCUGCUGAUUUAUCCGACGAACACAAAAUAGUAAUACCGCGAAGGGUCAGAUCGGAUGGAAGUUUUAUAUCGCAUCAAAUACCUCAUCACUUUGAGCGCUCCUUCUAUCGAAAUCGGACGACAGGCGACGAUGCUGUUCACUAUCGCUUGCGUAUUGAUCACGAAGAGCACCACGUCGAACUCUAUCCGAACCGUCGACUCCUUGGACCAGAUGCGAUAGUCGAGAGGCGAUGGGGAUCGAAGAAUUUUUUGAACAAUAUGCAACUGAAGCGAUUGCAAGACACGCAAUGCCACUAUCGCGCUCGUGUGCGGAACCAAUCGGAAGAGAGCGCUCUAUCUACUUGUUACGGACUUGUUGGGUACAUCAAAACGAAGCACGCGUGGUACAUGAUCGAGCCAGUGGCUGGGCAUGACUUUACCAAAGAAAUAGAGCAACCGCACAUUGUGUAUAAAAGAAGCCCGGAUGAAUAUCAAGACAAUGACGUGCACGAUGCGCUCUGCAAUGUCAUCGGUGAAACGUCCAGGAUCAUUGCCAAGCGUGCGUUGAAUCCGAGGAACAAAAUGCCCGCAGGAUCAAUCGAGAAUAAGUCAUACACGCUAGAGUUACUGGUCGUGUUGGACAAAUCUCUAUUAGACUAUCACAAGGAAUUCGAUGUCGAAAAUUAUAUACUAACGCUCUUCAAUAUGGCUGCAGGAUUGUUUCACGAUGUCAGUCUAGGUAUACAUAUGCAGCUGACCAUAGUAAGAAUUAUAAGAUUAGAGGUGGAGGAAAAUGAGGUAAAGUACGCGGUAAAAACGUUCCGUCUCCUAAAAUAAAACGUUAUUGUUUUACCGAAGGUGUAAGCGCACACGAUAAAUCUCUCUUCCGCGCGUUUAAUAUGUCUUCUUCGCGAAUGAAAAGCAUUCAGAUUAUAAUUUAUAAUUUAGACCGUAUCUUUUCUCGCACGCUUUGAAUUCUUGCCAACUUGAUAUUCCAUCGAACACAACGCAGAUGAAUUUGUCGAUGAAUCGAGACGCGGAUGCAACGCUGAAGCACUUCCAAGAGUGGCAAUACACCAUGAAUCCCGGCGACGAUUCCCACCCAAAUCACCACGAU